AUGAAAGCGCAUGAUAACCACCCGCAGUGCCUCGCUAACAGACAAAUCAACCAUACUCAUUUGAACGGAUCACUCAAUGGGUUUUCGGAGCACAGGAAGUCGCCGCCCCCGAGUCAGCAAAAUUAUUAUAAGCUGGAGCACACAGGCCCAUUCACAGUUUUGUCCACAAACGCAGACCCGGGGGGGGACUCAGAGCGCUCUGCGGAGUCCACCCCAUCCAAGCACAGCGUCGACGGGUUCCUGGAGUCUCCGGGUAGCUUCCUGGACACGCCCACCAGGAACUUGCUCAACAUGCCGUCAAAGAAGUUGAGCGAUCUGCCCACGUGCCACUGUGUCGAACAAUUCAAUGAGAAAGAAGAGGGGCCCUACUACACUCAUCUGGGGGCCGGGCCAAGUGUGGCGGCCGUACGAGAGCUGAUGGAGGACAGAUACGGCGCUAAAGGAAAUGCGGUGAGAGUAGAGGUGGUGGUGUACACAGGGAAAGAAGGACGCAGCUCCCAGGGCUGUCCCAUCGCCAAGUGGGUUAUCCGGCGGGGCAGUGAGGAGGAAAAACUGCUGUGUCUGGUGCGAAGGCGUCCAGGACACCACUGUGACAGUGCAGUGCUGGUGAUCCUCAUCCUGGCUUGGGAGGGGGUCCCCAGGCCUGUGGCGGACCACCUGUACAGAGACCUGACAGACUCCCUCUUCAAGUAUGGCUCUACCACAUGUCGUCGCUGCGCGCUCAACGAUGAUCGGACAUGUGCGUGCCAGGGCCUGGACCCAGAUACGUGUGGAGCCUCAUUCUCCUUUGGCUGUUCCUGGAGUAUGUACUUCAAUGGCUGCAAGUUUGCCCGCAGCAAAGUGCCACGGAAGUUCAGACUGCUGGGAGACUACCCAGAGCAGGAGGAGCAAGUAGAGAACAACCUGCAGGGUCUGGCCACAGAACUGGCUCCUCUUUACAAGAAACUGGCUCCUGAGGCGUACCACAACCAGAUCGAGCAGGAGUCUUCAGGGCAGGAGUGUCGGCUGGGCUGGAGAGAGGGCCGGCCCUUCUCUGGGGUCACAGCCUGUGUGGACUUCUGUGCUCACGCUCACAAAGACACGCACAACAUGAACAAUGGCAGCACUGUGGUUUGCACUUUAACCCGGGAGGAUAACCGUGCGGUGAGGAACAUCCCUGAGGACGAGCAGCUACACGUGCUGCCUCUGUACAAGAUCUCGGAUCGAGACGAGUUUGGACAGGCCCAGGGCCAGUGGGCCAAGAUACGGACUGGGGCCCUGCAGGUGCUGUCCUCAUUCCCCCGUGAGGUGCGCAUGUUGGCAGAGCCUGUGAAGUCUGUGCGAAGGAUGAGACAGGAUGCCCGCCUGCGCGCCCAGGCAGAGCGGCUGGAGAAGAAGCUGGGUCUGAGUCCUCUUGCGGUCAAAGUCAAACCAGAGCCCAACUGCAAAGACCCUGAUUUUGGCUCCUACAAACUUCUGCCUCGCCCCGGCAGCGUGGGCAUGUACCCCCCUGAGCGAGCCUACCAAGGCAGUUGCCUCCAGAGCCCCAGCAGCAGCCUCCCCCACCCCAGCCCACACCGCAAACUUUUCACUCCGGACCCCAGGCAAUACGCACAAAGCCCGCAACCAUACAGGACAGCCAGCUCGCCGCUCCACAGACUUCCUCAAGACCACCACAACACUGCGUUCAAAAGCGAGCCCAGGGAGACACACUGCUCAUCCCCGAGAGAGUAUGUGUUCUCCCCGCAGCCCACUGCGGAGGGCCUCUUCAGCAGGCUCUCUUCGAUCCAACUAGAACCUUCUGUUUUAUCCAUACCCCCCCACGAAGACGCUCAAGAGGAGGUGUGGUCAGACAGCGAGCACAACUUUCUGGACCGCGAGAUUGGAGGAGUCGCCGUGGCGCCUUCUCACGGCUCCAUUCUGAUUGAGUGCGCACGCAGGGAGCUUCACGCAACCACGCCCAUCCUCAAACCGGACAGAAGACACCCCACACGCAUUUCUUUAGUGUUCUACCAGCACAAGUCGCUAAACGAGCCGGGGCAUGGGGCGGCCAUGUGGGACGCGAAGAUGGCCAAGCGUGAACGCGAAAGGGAUGAGGAAGCGGAGAGGGAACAAGGACGGAAGAGGAAAAUAGGAGAAAGUGAGGAAAAAGCAGAAGAAGAGGAGACAGGGAAGGUUGGGAGCAUCCCCACACGACAGACAUGGACGCGGCCGCGAGACGGGGUGGUCACUGUGUCGCCCUAUGCACUCACACACGUAACUGGGCCUUAUAAUAGAUGGACUUAG